AUGAUAGCAUCGAGUGGCCAGGUGUACCCCGCCUUUUGGAUCCCUUACUUCCAUUAUCACAAGGCUCCUAAGUAUGAGACACGUCACAGAAUGAUCACAUGGUACGGGAUAAACAAACCUCCAAGCUGGAACUUUGAUCAACGCAUCGGACGGAAAGCUCUUUCAAGUAAGACUACAGGCAGGUUUAAACUAAGGUCGCUACGGAUGCAAUGCUCGUCCUCGAAAAUGACAUGCUACGAGUAUCGCAUCGAUUGA